AUGUUCAAAGACAACUCGCGCAAUCUCAUCCCGCCGCGCUUCUUGGACUUCGGGAAGGACGGGCACCGGAGGACAAUUGAGUUCGUUGCCGCUGCGAAGGGCGAAAUACAGGCGUUGCCUCUGACUCGCGAGCUCAAAGUCGAUGACGCCUCUGCGGAGGUCGCGGCGAGAUUGCACAUGAUGAAUGCGCUUGGGGGGCAGGCCGAAGACGCGCUACACCUGGCGGCAGUGGAUCAGCCGGGCAUCACUAAAACCACUGCGGUCGAGGGCGCCGUCUACGCCGUCGUGUCGGGUGAGCCCCGAUGGAAGGUGAAGCUGAAGGACUACUUGAAGUACUCUCCCGAGGUGAAGAAGUGGCGCCCGACCAUGGCGCAGCUUUCGGCGGCCCCGCAGUCCGAGGAGCCGCCGAUUUACGAGGCCCUCAGUAGCAUCAUGAAAGACCUGCCCAUCAUCGAAGCGGCGCUCCCAGAGGUGGAGUGCAGCUCCCUCUUCCAGGUGUCGCGAGGUGCCUCGGGCCGCAUCUUUGGGCAUUUCGCUGCCCGCGCGAAGAACGAUCCGUCUCAGAAUGAUGGGAAGAACCCCGUCGAGCACUUGCGCGCUGAGCUCGGAGUGUUAAGGUUAGACGCGCUCGUCCUUGCAUUGGCUCAAACCGACCAGAUCGAGGGCUUGAAGGACGUAGCGCCAGAACCGCCCAUGCGGAAGUUUGUGUCUUUCACGAGACAGGCAGUGGAGUUGGUCACAAGGACGCGGAUCACCGCCCUCCAUGUCUAUUGUGAUCCGCUGCUCGAUGCUUCGCUCAGUGGCUUUCUACAGAAAGCGCAUGUUUGCAAUGGUCAAGUCUCUCCAGCGGGGUCUGGUUUCAAGUUCUUCGAGCAGUUGAUUGAAAUAUCGAGAUUGGCCAAAGCCUUAUUAGGGGCAGUGGCGACCAUCGUGCCGACGGACCCGAACAUCGGCUUCUCUGACGACGACGCCGCCGUUGCCGCCGAUCAUUCGGUGGGCGCUUUCUUUGGCCUGCUGACGCAGUGCGAGGCCGCGCAGGAGGCUAAUCCCCAGAACGAGGCGGACAUCGUGAAGGAUGCGUUCAUGAGGCAACUGGCGCCAGAGACGGAGGCCCUCAAGCGCGCGUUCGUCGGUGCGAAACGGGCUGCGCUGGAGGGGAAGUUCCUGACGGAGAACGAGAGUGUGCCGCUGAGCAAGCUCAAGGGCGGUCUCUUGGGCAAAGACUGGCGCGACGGGAUCCGUCCAUCGAUUGCAUUCGACGGCUUGCUUGAGUGUGACCAGUCCCGCCGGGCUUCCGAGGUGGAGGCCCAGGGCAAGAGGUUCCUCGGCAUGGGGGUGUCCGGAGGCGCCGAGGGCGCCCGCAAGGGCCCGGCGUUCUUCCCAGGCGGCACGCUCAGCGUCUGGGAGGACAUCAGGACUAUCAUCGAGGCCGCCGCCGCGAAGGCUUCGGACGGGCGCCCCUGCGUGACGAUGUGCGGCUCAGGCGGCGCUGGCAGUUGUGUGAAGAUGUACCACAACGCGGGCGAGUACGCCGUGCUGCAGAUCUGGGCCGAGGCCUACGCCGCGCUCCGGGGCCUCGGCCUCGGGAGCGAGGCCGCUAAGGAGGUGUUCGCGAGCUGGAAGGCCAGAGGGCCGCUGGACAGCUACAUGCUGGACAUCACCAUAGAGGUGGCUGGCCAGAGGGACGCGGAGUCGGCGGACGGCAGCUUCCUGGUGGACAACACUGCUGACAUGAUCGGCUCCAAGGGCACCGGGCUGUGGUCUGUGCAGGUGGCCAUGGACGUGGGCUGCCCAGUGCCCUCGCUGGCGCAGGCCGUGCUCUCGCGGCAGGUGACCAUGGCGCGGGCGGAGCGCCAGGAGCUGGCGGCGAGGCUCGGCGCCGCUGUCGGCCCGCCAGUCGACGCCCUUGCGCCCGGCGAGAAGCGCGAUCGCUUUGUCGAGGAGCUAUAUUGGGCGACGUACCUUAGCAUCAUCGCGUCGUACUGCCAGAUGUUUCAGGCCAUACGUUCAGUGGAUAAGGAAUUCAGGAUGGGCAUCACCGAGAACCUGCCGCGGAUCAUCAGCACCUUCCGCGCUGGCUGUAUCCUGCAGGGUGCGCUGCUGGAGCCCAUGACCAAGGCGUUCGAGGCGGACCCUUCCAUGCCCAACCUGCUCUGCGCCUUCCAGGCCGAGAUCGCGGAGGGCAUGCCUGGCCUGCGGGCCACCUGCGCGAGGCUUGCCAUGGGCGGAGAGCCUCCGCUCGUCAUGCAGGCGUCGUUGGGCUACCUGACGGCCAUGGUGCGGUCAACCCUCAUGGCCGGGCAGGUGGUCUCGCUGCAGCGGGACGUCUUUGGUCGCCAUGGCUUCAAGAGGCUGCAAGACGGGAAGGCAACAGACGAGUCCUACAAUGCCGAGUGGAGAGAGAUCGGAUUCCCUGAGGGCUGA